AGAUUUUCUAGUUUAGGUUUUCAAAAUAAAACUCAAAAUAACGAAAAUGCGACGAAACAGUCAUUCUUAUAAAUGACAGUUUUAUUUUGAAACGCAUAUCCGGUGUAGUUGAUACUCUCUCUGCGUAACUUGACGCAGCCAGGAACUUUAAUGGCUAACUAGCAAGCUAACUAAUAUAGCAGGGUAAAGCAUUUGUUUAUGAGGCUAAGGGUUAAAGAAAAAUCGAAACUAAUAUUCUAAACUAUAUUUGAAUCAAAGUUACGUUAAGGUAAAGCAUGGCAAUGACUAGCCCCAGCUCGUGCUCCUCCAUGAGUAACCACACGAAGGAGCGCGUCACUAUGGCCAAAGUGACCCUGGAGAACUUCUACAGUAACCUCAUCGCCCAGCACGAGGAGCGGGAGAUGAGGCAGCAGAAGCUGGAGAAAGUGAUGGAUCAGGAAGGCUUGGCAGAUGAAGAGAAACGUAUCCGGCGCUCUCAGCAUGCGAGGAAAGAGACCGAGUUUUUGCGGCUGAAACGCACUCGACUGGGUCUAGAGGACUUUGAGUCCCUGAAGGUGAUUGGCCGAGGAGCUUUUGGAGAGGUUCGUCUGGUGCAGAAGAAAGACACCGGUCAUGUUUAUGCAAUGAAGAUCCUCCGCAAAGCAGACAUGCUGGAGAAGGAACAGGUUGGUCAUAUUCGUGCUGAGAGGGACAUUCUGGUAGAGGCAGACAGCCUGUGGGUGGUGAAGAUGUUCUACAGCUUCCAGGAUAAGAUGAACCUCUACCUCAUCAUGGAGUUCCUGCCUGGAGGAGACAUGAUGACCCUGCUGAUGAAGAAGGACACUCUGACAGAAGAGGCCACUCAGUUCUACAUCGCUGAGACGGUGCUGGCCAUCGACUCCAUCCACCAGCUGGGCUUCAUCCACAGAGACAUCAAACCAGACAACCUGCUGCUGGACUCCAGGGGUCACGUGAAGCUGUCAGACUUUGGGCUGUGCACCGGACUGAAGAGAGCGCACCGCACAGAGUUCUACAAGAACCUGAACCACAGCCUGCCCAGCGCCAGCGACCUCAGUAAACAAACCUUCCAGAACAUGAACUCCAAGAGGAAAGCAGAGACGUGGAAGAGGAACAGAAGGCAGCUGGCGUUCUCCACAGUGGGAACCCCCGACUACAUCGCCCCAGAGGUCUUCAUGCAGAAUGGAUACAACAAGCUCUGUGAUUGGUGGAGCCUGGGUGUCAUCAUGUAUGAGAUGUUGAUAGGUUACCCCCCCUUCUGCUCAGAGACGCCUCAGGAGACGUACAGGAAAGUGAUGAACUGGAGAGAGACGCUAACUUUUCCUCCAGAAGUGCCUAUAUCAGAGAAGGCCAAAGAUCUGAUCCUCAGGUUCUGCUGUGAGGAGGAGCACAGGAUCGGUGCUGUGGGGGUGGAGGACAUCAAGUCCAACCCCUUCUUUGAGGGGGUGGACUACGACCAUAUCAGAGAGAGACCUGCUGCCAUCCCCAUCGAGAUCAAAAGCAUCGACGACACCUCCAACUUUGAUGAGUUCCCUGAUUCAGAUAUCCUCACCCCAACAGUCGCUCCGGUGUCCAACCAGACGGAGGCCGACCUGAAGAACAAGGACUGGGUCUUCAUCAACUACACCUACAAACGCUUCGAAGGCCUGACCGCCCGAGGGGCUAUCCCGUCCUACAUGAAGUCAGGGAAGAGAUGAAGGCCUCCAGCAGGCUGCAGACCCACACCACCACGGAACCUGAAAGAGUCGCCCCCCCCUCUGCUGUGAGAGGAGCUUCGGCCCUGGAGGGAGAACUCUGUUUUCUGUUACCUGACUGAGGAGUCCCAGCACUCUGCGAAUAAUAAAGGGACUCCGUUUCAUCCGCUGCUUUGCAGGAGCCGCCGCCUUCCUUUCCGCAGGUCUUCACUUUCUCCGAUGCUUCCGAGGGUACCUUCCGCUUCCUGCUCACGCGUGAAGACUGAACUGACUCUCCACCAGUGGAUGCAGUGGAUGUUCUCCCUGCCGUCACCAGCAUCCAUCACAUUCCCUCUGUAAACCAGCAGUUUGACCUACCAAGGGCUUCCAAACCAGACCCCCUCUCCCCUCUCCCCUUGGCCCUUUCUCUGUUGACUCUUCGCCACUUGAAGUGAAUCAGGUGCUCUUCAGGGAUCCUGUCCAAAUGUUUCUGAGGCUUCUCUAAAGUGCUGCUGGCUUCUCACCUAACCAAAGACUGAGCUGAAUGAUGUGUCUGCUUCAUCUCUCUAUCACCUAACUUCUUCUUAGAAAUGUAUUUUUACUUUUUAGGUGCAUAUUGUGCUCGUUGAAAUGUGUGAAUAUAUGAGUGAUGCAUUUUGUGGAACAAACACAAGAGUCUUGUUACAUGUUCACCGCUUAUGUUGAAUACCUUUAGCACCUUACGAGAUGUUUGCUCCAGCUCUUUAAUGAACCUACAGAUCAUGAAUGUGUGUGUUGGACUGGAAGAGUGAUGUUACUGUUGAAACGCCUUGAAUAUGAUGCAAAGUCUCACCAGGGAGGGAAGCCUCCGUCAUCAUGAAACAAAACAUCCCACGCACUCUGAAACCAAUGCAACUCUUGUAGACUUAGCAGCUGUGUGACUCUUUAGCAGAAUACAGAAUGAUGCACACGUGUACAGCCGAGUCGCUGCAGCCGGACAGGGACUUUUUAAAUGGAAGCACAGGGCUAAACAUCUUCCAGCGAACACAAUAUCCAAAAUGCUGUCAUUUCAAAUGAAUGUAAAUGAAGAUUUUAUGGACAAAAUGUUUUAUUUUGCCACAAUAAUUCCACAAUGCUGUUUGUGUGAAUGUAGCCUGGACCAUACAAUAUAUCUUUUUCUUUUUUAUAAGUGUCCUGGCACAUGAGGUAGAAAUAUGGAAGCCCGUUACCACCCAGAAAUGAGACUCAAGAAUGUUAGCAAAAAACACUUUCAACAAAAAAGAGAAUUAGCGAGGAUAACAUUUUUUUUUUUAACUUUUAUUGACCUAAAGAAUCUUAAUUUUA